ACAGUCUUGAUAUCGAGCCUUGUGCUGCUGUGGCAUGCAGGGAUGCGGGACCAGCCGCUGGAUCGUCGUCUGAAAUCCUGGAUACUGGUCCACUCGCCCAGCCUGGCAAGCCAGCCCGCCCAGGGGCUAAAGGGCUACCGCGGCACAUGAAUCCCCGACUCUCCGCGGUCCUGAUAAGAUUCCUCGACUCGACUUGCCCAUCGACGGCCCGGAGGAUCCACGACUCGGCCCGCCACUAGCGCUGCCAUUCGUUUGACUUCCGGCCAAUCAGCCAGGCCUCCCCAGGACUGGUCGGGAAGGUUGAUUCAUUGUUUCAACGAUGUCACGUCUCCCGCCGUCUCCCGGCUCAGGCUCGGUAUCUGCCGCCAACCCGUCCACCUCCACGCCUUCCACCCCCGCAUCCUUACCUUCGAUACAACUACGCCCGGGGUACGCGGUUGCUGGCCGCCGGACGCACAAGAAGAGCCGCACGGGCUGUUCCACGUGCAAGGCGAGGAAGAUCAAGACCCACACCACCCUGGCCGCCGACUCGACCCUGUGGGAGUUCUGGCGCGAUGACGUCGUGCAGAUGGGCCUGGCCUGCGACUACAUCAUGCGCGCCGUGCUGGCCGUGAGCGCCCUGCACCUGGCCUAUCACCGACCCGACCGCCGCGACUUCUACACCGAGUCAGGCAUCCUCUUGCACCAGAAGGCCGCCCGCUCCGCCAUGCGCGUCAUGGCCGCCGACCACAAGAUCGACAAGGACCAGGCCGCCAAUCUGUUUGUGUUCAGCAUGCUGACCAUCGCUUCUUCUACUACUGCCUCCGGCGAGCCCGGCCGGCCGGACCACCUGCUGCAUACGUACACGCACGCGGUGGACGAGCUGGAGCUGGCGCUGGUGGCGCAGCGGGACCCGGCGGCGCCGCGCGACGUGCUGGACGCCAUGGUCUGGCUGUGGGAGGUGUCGGACUCGCUGGUGCCGCUGCUGCGCGUGCCGACGCAGGAGGCCGUCGCCAUCUUCGCCCACUUCUGCGUCCUGCUCAAGCACCACGAGAGCCACUGGUGGCUGCAGGGCUGGGCCGACCAUAUCAUGGCCCGCGCCCACGAGAUCUUGGAUGCCGAGCACCGCGAAUGGAUCGAGUGGCCGAUUCGCGAGAUUGGCCGGAUGGGGCUGCCUCGGACGGGGCCGGAGAGGUGA